ACAAAAUGCAAUGCAGCCUGCUCUGAUUAACGGUAAUUCGGGUUAAUUACCAUUAAUAUUAAAAAAGAUAACACUUUGUCUCAAGCAAGUCGUUCUGUGUAAGCUGGGACGAUGUUGAUUUAUAGACGUAUCUAGGAUAUUGUGUGCAUUAUAAUUAGACAUCAAUUAAAUAGUGAUUUCUGGAUAAUGGUGGCACCGGCUGUGAAACAGACGUGGACAGUGAUGGGAGUACUCGUCAACAUGCUAAGUCAGGGCAUGGUGCUGAGUUUCCCGUCGAUCCUACUCCCUGCGGUGCAGUCACCAGGGUCCGAGAUAAAAGCUGACCUACAUACUGCUUCUUGGUUGGCAUCAUGCGUAGGAGUCUCCAGUAUGCCAGGAUUACUGAUAUCUUCAUUCCUGAUGGACUGGCUCGGAAGGAAGACAGCACAAAUCAUUAUGAUCAUACCAGGCACUAUCGGGUGGAUUUUAAUAUCCUUCGCUUCCAAUGUAACCGUUCUGAUGAUUGGGAGAAUUCUUUGUGGAUUCACUGCUGGACCUUGUUUUGUUUUAGCAGCUGUGAUUAUUGGCGAAUACACGAGUCCCAGACACAGAGGGAUGUUCUUAAAUUUAAAGACUACUGUCGCUUGUCUUGGGAAUAUGAUGGUUCACAUCUUGGGUAAUUUUUUAGCCUGGAAACAUGUGGCACAUGUGGCGUUAGUGCCACAAAUCGUUGCCAUGUUAAUAAUCUUCACGUGGCCGGAAAGUCUCGCGUGGUUAGCUUCGAAAAAAAGAUUUAAAGCAAGCGAAACAUCAUUUUAUUGGUUAAGAGGUACAAGUGACAAAUCGAAGAGAGAAAUUGAUGAAUUGAUCCGAGCUCAAAAGGAAAGAUUGGAUGGCUUAAAUUCUGCUACUGAAUCAGAAAAUAUAUUAAUAUUUUUCAAAAAAAUUUCAAGAAGGAACUUUCUCAAGCCUUUGAUAGUCAUGGUAUUCGCUGGACUGUUGCAAGAAGCUUGCGGCAGACACAUUUUCUCUGCCUUUGCGAUACAAAUAGUUAAUGAAGUGACUGGUAAUAACAUAAAUUCUUUUUACUACACAUUGGGUGUGGAUUUAAUAAUUACUGUGAGCGCUCUGUUUUCUUCGGCGUUAGUAAAAGUAAUGAGACGGCGUACUCUACUGUUUUCAACGGGGUUUGCAGCUUUAUUUGUAUUAGCGUGUGUAUGUAUGUACCUUUAUCUGGUGACUAAAGGAAUAAUGUCUAACAACAAACCUUGGGUCCCUAUGUUAUUGUUUUCUGUAUAUUUUAUUCUAUCUAAUUUAGGAUGUACCCCGAUACCGUAUGCUUUGUUGGGUGAGAUUUUUCCUUUAGUACAUAGAAGUGUAGGAGUAUUUUUAUCUAGCAUUUUGAUGUCAUUAUUUUUCAUUAUAGGCAUGAAAGUGACACCAUAUUUACUUGUUAGCGUGAAAGUAUAUGGGACUUUUGCCAUUUUUGGGUCAGUUAUGGGUCUAGCCCUGGUAACCCUUUGUUUUAUUCUCCCAGAAACUAACGAUAAAACUCUCCAGGAAAUAGAAAAUAAUUUUAAUGGUGGAAAAAUCAGACAGUUCCGUGUAAACGAUGACAAUGAAGUGGAAAUGAAAAUGAUACCUGACGAAUGUUGAUAAAAUCAAUAAAUUCUAUUUCAUGGUUUAAUCAUAAGUCUGUAUUAUUAUGAUUGUCAUUUCUAGGAGGUUAAAAAGUAAAUAAAGGUCUCUCUG